AUGUCAUCUAAUUUAUCUGAAAAAUUGUUUUUAUCGAAUACUACAACAUCAACAUCUGAAGUUUAUAGCUCAACUAGUGAAACUUUCGCUCUACAAGAUAUUCACUUUGAACGUCUAAAUACUGUUUCAAAAACAUUAAAUUUAUCUCCGAUUAAUAAAAAAGAUAUAGAUCGAUCGAAAACUUAUGCUUGGAAGGAAUUACAUGACAUGAAAUCUAAGAUACAAUCAUGCUUUGAACAUGUAACAGAUGUUUUCGAUUCAGCUAAAGAUAGUAAUUCGACGAUUGACGAUGAUCCAGAACUAACUAGAAGAGAAAUAGUAGAAGAAUUAAAACAUAAAUUUGAUAAUACUAGUAAAUGGAGUGAAAAAUUACAAAUUUUAUCUGUUCUUCCAUCAAGUUGGUCUAUAGAAAAAAUUGUAAAUACCUUUGGAGCAUCUUCUUACAUGGAAGUCGAGUUAAUCAAAACCCAUUCAACCACAGGUAUAUUACAUGAACUUGCACUAGUAGAAUACUUUGAACAUGAUGGUUCGGAAUAA